AGUAGUAAGUGGAUCGUGUAUUGAUUUUACAACAUUUUCUACAUUAAAUGUUAUUGAAAUAUAUUACUAUUUAAAGAAAAUUGUACUUGGAUUUAAUGUUAUAUUUUCUGGUGCUAUUGGAUCAAAGAGCGUAUUCUGUUUAUUAGACGUCAACCCUGAAAUGCGGCGACAAUGGAAUGUGUGACAAUUUAAAGUUAAAAAGUAGGACUGGAGCAGGUCUUUAAAUACAACCAGCUGAAAUGUGUAAGCGAUAAUUAUUCUUAGACUAACAAAAGGCUUAUAUGAAAUAUCUUCUAUACCUCGUCAUAUGUGGAAGCUCAAAAAAGCGGAUAUAAAAAAACACAAAAUGUUUUAUAAGAACAUAUGGAAGUGAGCCGUAUUAGAUACUGAACAAAACUUCCAAUUAGACGUUUGCAGAAUGUAGAUAUGUUUAUUUAAAAGGACUGCUCAAUGGUGUCGCCAAUGUGAAUCAGUGGGAUCUACUCUUAGACAGCAGUUUUCCAUCUUUAUAUAACUCCUGAGCUACAUCACGUUCCGUGCCUCAAGCUAUUGUUAGAUGGAAACAGAAGAGCUGAUAACUAGAUAUGAAUUAUUGAAUGGAAAGAAAUGGUUACCUAAUUCCUUUUAUAACGAGGUCCUUGACAAACUCGGCUAUACAAAGGUGCUUGUGGAGAAAAGGGUCAAAAUAUAUGACAAUGCAGCCGAUUGUUUGGCCAGGGUAACGAAUAGAAACUGGCCGGAAAGCAUAAAUAUUGUUGUUGCUGGAAGUCGUGGUGAAGGCAUGGCAGUUUCAUGGAAAAGUGAUUUGGAUACGAUGUUUGUUCAGCCAGCAGUUAAAUGUUUUGAAAUUUAUUCAACGACAGAUUUCAAAGCAGUUGAAAACUGCGUUGUAGCAUUUGAACUUGAUUUAGAUGAUGUUCCCGAAGGAUAUACAAAAUUACUUUUAAAACAUAUUGAAUGGUCCUGUGAAUAUAGAAAACUCACAUCUAGAAUUAUGAAAUCAUUGAAGGACAACAAUUAUUUGAAAAAUGGCCAAAGACUGAUUGCAGCGGUAGAGAAUGGUGACAAAAAUGUUAAAAAAGAAGGCUGGAUCAGCAGAAAUAACGUUUUCGGUGAAGUAACCGGACCUGCACAGCCACACCAAUUUCCACUACCAUUCUCAAACAAUUGUUUGUCUUUUGACCAUGUCCAAGCAUUUCCUUGUGCGUACCCAUCGGUAUUAGACGACUGGUUUAAACGGCAGAGACAAAAUGUCUGGCCUAGUUCAAAUGUUCUGAAAGCAAUAAAGGAAACAGAUGUAUUUGUUGUAUCUGUUGGACUGUCCGGUAGUAAAGAGGAAAAAUUGCAAUGGAGAAUUUCUUUAACACUUGCAGAGAGAUCUCUGGUACGCUCAUUUAAUGACACGCAGAUAAAGGUGUAUGCUGCAAUGAAAAUGCUGGUGAAACAUGAACUAAAACCGAUCUGCGCUAAUAUCACUUCAUACAUAGUGAAAAAUGUGAUCUUUUGGGUGUUUGAAAACAGAUCGGGCUCAUUUCAGAGGAACGAAUUCGUUGAGAUAUUAUUGCAAUCACUGAUAUACUUGAAAGAUUGUGUAACCGUGGGAUGCCUUCUAAAUUAUACAAUUCCGUCAAGAAAUUUGCUACGAGGAAAGUUAUCGCAAGAGCAAGCAUGUGCUUUGAAAGAGCAUCUCAAUAUUUUGAUUACAGAAGAUUCAACUGUUCUACUACGUUGCCCUUUGGUAUACAAAAUGGCAGAAUUAUCGGGAGAUGCUCUUAAAGACAGAUUGUUAUUUAGGGAACUGACGGACAUGUUAUAUCUGGCAGUCAUCUCUGUUCCACCGCAUAAAUUUGACGAACUUGAACAUUCAUUUCAUUUGACACAGAAGGUCGAAGAAAUUAUUCAGGUGUAUUUUAAACGCUUGUUACCUGUAAUAAGAGAGACAAAUCCCUACGGUGCAUUCACUCUUCUGAAAACAAUGGCGGAUGAAGAAGUCCUAAGUCAGUUAAUGAAAGGAUUUCUGCUUAGCUAUGAUAAAAUGUGGAUGGAUUAAGAACUUUAAUAGAUAAAUAAGACAAUUCAUGCAGUUUUGAAAUGUUUGCAGACCCAGACGAAAGAACACGUUGUUUUUUUACUCACAAACCACCAUAACUAUGUAGUAAAAGAUU